AUGGCCGGAGCCCCCGCCCUGGCCCUGCUCCUGCUUGGGCAGCUGCUGGCCGCCACCGUGGCCGUGACCGAGGCGCAGAAAGUGGGACCUCGAGGCCCCCCUGGCCCCCGAGGACCACCUGGGAAGCCAGGCAAGGACGGCAUUGAUGGACCGAAAGGGGCCCCGGGGAAGCCAGGGAAACCAGGAGAGGCCGGGAUGCCGGGACUGCCUGGUGUGGAUGGGCUGACCGGGCAGGAUGGACCCCCUGGACCCAAGGGCACCCCCGGAGAACGGGGAAGUCUGGGACCCCCAGGGCCACCUGGGCUGGGGGGAGAGGCAGGGGUGAGCGGCGUUCCAGGCGGAAUUGGCCUCCGGGGCCCCCCGUGCCCGGCCAUCUGCCCGCCAGGCCCCCCGGGGCCCCCAGGAAUGCCAGGGUUCAAGGGACCCACCGGCUACAAGGGGGAGCAAGGAGAAGUCGGCAAGGAUGGCGAGAAGGGUGACCCUGGCCCCCCCGGGCCCCCUGGCAUCCCAGGCACCGUGGGGCUGCAGGGUCCACGGGGCCUACAAGGAUUUCCAGGGCUACUCGGACCCCCCGGGGACCGGGGUCCCAUUGGAUUCCGAGGGCCCCCCGGGAUCCCAGGAGCCCCUGGGAAGGCGGGUGACAGAGGCCGGAGGGGCCCAGAGGGCUUGCGCGGCCCCAAGGGCGACCUCGGCAGGCCUGGUCCUAAAGGCGUCCCUGGCGUGUCCGGGCUGGUCGGAGAGCCGGGCAUGCCGGGCAAGGAUGGCCGGGACGGUUUGCUGGGACUCGAUGGCGAGAAGGGAGAAGCUGGUCGCAGUGGUGCCCCAGGAGAGAAGGGUCCCAAUGGGCUGCCGGGUCUCCCUGGACGAGCAGGGUCCAAGGGUGAGAAAGGAGAACUGGGCAGAGCUGGAGAGCUGGGCGAGGCUGGCCCCUCGGGAGAGCCCGGUGUCCCCGGAGACGCUGGUGUGUCCGGGGAGCGAGGCGAAGCUGGCCACAGGGGCUCAGCGGGGGCUCUGGGCCCACAAGGCCCCCCCGGAGCCCCUGGUGUCCGCGGUUUCCAGGGCCGGAAGGGCAGCGUGGGAGACCCCGGCAUGCCCGGCCCCCAAGGCCUCCGAGGCGGCAUGGGCGACCGGGGCCCGGGAGGAGCUGCAGGCCCCAAGGGCGACCAGGGCAUCGCGGGCGCUGAUGGCCUUCCCGGGGAUAAAGGAGAACUGGGUCCCGGUGGCCCUGUCGGACCCAAAGGAGAGUCCGGCGGUCGAGGGGAGCUGGGUCCCAAGGGCAUCCAGGGCCCCAACGGCACCAGCGGCAUAGACGGCGUCCCAGGCCACCCUGGCCCCAUGGGCCUCCAGGGCGUGCGAGGCGCGCCCGGCGUCACCGGGAAACCCGGAGUCCCGGGGAAGGAAGCCAGCGAGCAGCGCAUCAGGGAGCUCUGUGUGGGGAUGGUCAGCGAGCAAAUCGCACAGCUAGCCGCACACUUGAGGAAGCCCUUGGCACCAGGGUCCAUCGGUCGGCCGGGUCCCGCUGGCCCCCCCGGCCCCCCGGGGCCCCCAGGCUCCGUUGGUCACCCCGGGGCUCGAGGGCCCCCUGGAUACCGUGGUCCCACCGGAGAGCUGGGAGACCCCGGACCCAGAGGAAACCAGGGGGACAGAGGAGACAAAGGCUCAGCUGGCGAGGGCCUGGAUGGGCCUGACGGAGACCAAGGGCUGCAAGGACCGCAGGGCGUGCCCGGUGUCGGCAAAGACGGCCGCGACGGGGCCCACGGAGAGCCUGGGCUCCCUGGAGAUCCUGGCCUUCCCGGUGCUGCUGGCGUUCAGGGGACCCCCGGCAUCUGCGACACCUCCGCCUGCCAAGGAGCCGUGAUGGGAGGGGGCGGGGAAAAAUCAGGUCCCAGGAGCUCCUAA